AUGGCUGCCAAGAAAGAUUCUGCAAUGCUUCAAAGAAAGCUCACCGUGUCAACCAGCGAGCAAGUCCCCGCGGACCCCGGAAACCCCACCACCGACAAUAGUCUCGCGCACAAGGCGAAGGCUCCGUUUGAUCGCUUUGCCAGCCAGACCAAGAAUGCGAAUGUCGCAUCCAAAUUCAAGCUUCGCCCUGAAGCCAAAGAGUUCCGAUCUGCCCAGCGAACCUUCUACGAGAAAUUUGAGGGACCCCGAUUGAUCGUCGAUAAGGAGGAAUUCAUCCGGGGCAUGAAGAGAUACAACCUCAAGGGGCUGAGUGCCACUCGAUGGACUUAG